AUGCAGGGACGUCUACCGCAAAUGCAACCCACUGUGGUCCUCCUGAGGGAGGGCACAGACACUUCGCAGGGCAUGGGCCAGCUCCUCUCCAAUAUCUCGGCUUGUCUUGCUAUCGCACAGACAGUAGCCACCACGUUGGGCCCGAGGGGCAUGGAUAAGCUCAUCGUGGAUGAGCGGGGAAACGCUACCAUAUCAAAUGAUGGCGCGACGAUUCUCAAGCUACUCGACGUCGUACAUCCGGCUGCUCGGACACUGGUAGAUAUUGCACGAGCACAGGACGCGGAGGUCGGAGACGGAACAACCAGUGUCACAUUACUUGCUGCUGAAAUCCUCAAAGAGGUCAAGCCAUAUGUCGAAGAAGGCGUUGCACCUCACGUCAUCAUCAAGGGCCUGAGAGCUGCUAGGGACUUGGCCGUCGCAAAGAUCAAGGAGAUUGCAGUCACCAUUGACAAGUCCAACCCUGAAAAAUUCCGCGAACUCCUCAUGCAAUGCGCCUCCACCUCCAUGUCCUCCAAACUCAUCCACUCGCAAACCCCCUUCUUCGCCACCAUGGUCGUCGACGCCGUCAUGUCGCUCGACCAAACCGACCUCGACGAAUCCCUCAUCGGCGUCAAGAAGGUUCCAGGCGGAGGAAUGCAGGAUUCGCUUCUUGUCAAGGGCGUGGCGUUCAAAAAGACCUUCUCAUACGCCGGGUUUGAGCAGCAACCAAAAUCCUUCGUGGAUCCCAAGGUGCUCUGCUUGAACGUCGAGCUGGAGCUCAAGGCGGAGAAGGACAAUGCGGAGAUUCGGGUCAAUGAGGUGUCGGAGUACCAGGCGAUCGUCGAUGCGGAAUGGUCCAUCAUCUACCGCAAGCUCGAGGCCAUCGUCGAAACCGGCGCCAAGGUCGUCCUCUCCAAACUCCCCAUCGGUGAUCUCGCCACGCAAUACUUUGCCGACCGCGACAUCUUUUGCGCCGGGCGGGUGACGGCGGAUGAUCUCAAGCGGGUCGUGCAGGCGGUAGGCGGGUCCAUCCAGUCGACAUGCUCGGAUAUCGAGCCAAAGCACAUCGGUAGCUGCGGGCGAUUUGAGGAGAAGCAGAUCGGAGGGGAACGGUUCAACCUGUUCCAGGACUGCCCACGGGCAAAGACCUGCACCCUCAUUCUGCGAGGCGGGGCGGAGCAGUUCAUUGCCGAGGUGGAGCGGAGUCUGCACGACUCGAUCAUGAUUGUCAAGCGGGCAAUCCAAAAUAACCAGGUCGUGGCAGGUGGCGGUGCUUGCGAGAUGGAAAUAUCCAAAUACCUCAGGGCUCACUCGCGGACAAUCAUGGGCAAGCAACAACUUAUCGUCGGCGCCGUCGCCAAAGCCCUGGAGGUCAUCCCUCGGCAAAUUUGCGACAAUGCCGGGCUUGACGCGACCGACCUACUCAACAAGCUGCGGAUGCGGCACGCGCAGGGCGAUGUUUGGGCGGGAGUUGAUGUGGACUCGGAGAAUGUCCAGGACAAUAUGAAGCGGUUCGUCUGGGAGCCAGCGCUGGUCAAAACGAACGCGUUGAGCAGUGCGAUCGAUGCGGCCUGCAUUGUGCUGAGCGUGGAUGAGACGGUGGUCAACCCGCAGUCCGAGGCGCAACAAUCGGGUCCACCCAUGCCUCGCGGGGCGGCGCAGCGUGCUAUGCGGGGCGGAGGAAGGGGCAGGGGGAGAUAG